AUGGCACGGAAGGGCGCUGGCCUGAAGAGAGUGUGCAGAUUUCUUCUGUUAGUGAUUUCAUUUCUGCCAUGUGAAAUGACAAGUUCUGUUUUAACUGUGAAUGGUAAAACUGAGAACUUUAUUCUGAACACUCGGAUUGGCGCCGAAGAAUCUCUGAAAUGUGAUGUUCAAAACCGCACUGGAGAUGAAGGACUUCUCUGGUACCGAGAGCAGGGGUCCGUGGAUUUGAAGGCUGGAAACAAAAUCAAUUCCAGCUCUGUCUGUGUGUCUUCCAUCAGUGAGAAUGACAAUGGAGUCACCUUUACCUGCAAAUUGCAGAGGGAUCAGUCGGUGUCCGUAUCAGUGGUGCUGAAUGUCACUUUUCCUCCUCUCCUAAGUGGAAAGGACUUCCAAACAAUUGAGGAAGGCAGUAGUGUGACGCUGGUUUGCAAUGUGAAAUCCAACCCCCAGGCUCAAAUGAUGUGGUACAAAAAUGGUAGCAUCUUGAUCUUAGAGAAAAACCAUCACCAAGUCCAACAGACAAGUGAGUCUCUUCAACUGUCAAUCACUAAGGUCAAGAAAUCUGACAAUGGAACAUACAGCUGUGUUGCACGUUCAUCUCUGCAAAUAAAGACCAAGGACUUUCACCUCUCUGUCAAAGACAGAGCUGCGACUGUACCAAUAGAACCCAUUAUUGCUGCAACUGUGGUGGUUUUUCUGACGGUGUGCUUUGGACUAAUUGCUAGAAGAGAAAGAAUAAUGAAGCUCUGCAUAAAGGAUGAAACUCCUCAAAGAGAUACAGCUUUGUAA